GUGAGAUAGUGCGCAUGCGCCUUCUGGAGAUUUCUUCACGUGGAGGGAGGACAGGAGAAUCUCAUUUCCACGCUCGUUGACUGCAGUGCAGCUCCAGACAGGCUCUCUCACAAAAAAUGGCCUUCAGGAAGUUCCUCCCCCUGUUUGACCGGGUUCUGGUGGAGCGUCUCACAGCGGAGACGGUAACCAAGGGAGGCAUCAUGCUGCCGGAGAAGUCGCAGGGCAAAGUACUGCAGGCCACGGUGGUGGCAGUCGGCCCAGGCUCUGUUAACCAGGAUUUCUACAACUGGCCGGAUGAAUCAUUUGAGGAGAUGGACAGUACGCUAGCUGUUCAACAGUACAUCCAGCAAAACAUAAGGUCCGACUGCUCCAACAUUGACAAAAUCCUGGAGCCUCCUGAGGGUCAGGAUGAAGGCGUCUGGAAGUAUGAGCACCUCAGGCAGUUCUGUCUGGAACUUAAUGGACUUGCUGUAAAACUGCAGAGUGAGUGCCACCCUGACACCUGCACCCAGAUGACAGCCACAGAGCAGUGGAUCUUCUUAUGUGCCGCCCACAAGACGCCCAAAGAGUGCCCUGCCAUUGACUACACCAGGCACACGCUGGACGGAGCUGCCUGUCUUCUCAAUAGCAACAAAUAUUUUCCCAGCAGGGUGAGCAUCAAGGAGUCAUCAGUGGCCAAGCUGGGCUCCGUCUGUCGCCGCAUCUAUAGGAUAUUCUCUCAUGCCUACUUCCAUCAUCGUCAGAUAUUCGACAAGUAUGAGAACGAGACGUUCCUGUGUCACCGGUUCACACGCUUCGUGAUGAAGUACAACCUGAUGUCCAAGGACAACCUGAUAGUGCCCAUCCUGGAGGAGGAAGUCCAGAACACCUCGUCGGCCGGCGAGAGCGAGGCCUAACGCCGCCGCCGCCGCGCACAGCUCUAUAUCUAUACAGUACAGAGGAGGCGCACUCAUUCUGCAUAAAUAUAUCUGAAUAUAUGUAUAGACACACUACAGUGUAUGGAGACACUGUCCACGUUCCCCCGUCCUCCUCACUCUUCUGUCUGUAUCUGAGGAAGUAAAGCUAGCAGGAGCGGGGCUCAUCAGCCUGCAGGG